AUGCACUUUACCAACGAGGCAAGGUUCAGGCUCCGUGUUGUACCUAUGGGUUGGUCGUGGGCAGUGUACUUCGCCCAGUCUGCUAUGAAGAACCUGCUGGUGACCUCUGUGGACGCGUCGCUACACGGGUUCGGUGUCACGGCGCGCCAGUUCGAGUCUACCAGUGUUGGCAAGGUGCCCUUCUCGUUUUUCGCCCGUGGGUCUGAUCACGACUUCUUGGAGACUGGAGCCCAGACGGAGUUCCCCGAAGUUCCCGAGCGGUUUGCCAAGGACUCCCCCUGGUGCGUCAUUGCGGCAAGGCGGUCAUCGGCGAUGGAGUUCCGCACCCUCCGGGCCUCCGACGCCUCGCGGCUGCGGUCCCGUUCGCCUACGGCCUGCCGGGGCUCUGGGAGGCUGCGCGCGGCGGCCAGGCUGGACACGACGCAGCUGCCGACGACGUCGGUUGCGACACCUGCUCGAGUGUCUGCCCGCCUCGCGGCCGCUCCCACCGCCAGCCCGCCCGUGGCUCACCGCCACCUGGGGCCAGGGCCGGCGGGGAGCGCCGCGGCGCGCCCUGCGCGCCGGGUGGGCAACGCUCGGAGACAGCAGGUGCGGCGGGGGAUGCGCCAGUCGCCCUCGACCCUGAUCGGAAGCGCGGGGCGGGCAGCCACUCGGCUGGCGGGGCUCGGCUUCCGAGCGUCGGCACUGGGAGCGGCGUCGGUGACCACAGCGACACAGGACAAGUACCUGACGCACCUGGAGAUGCUGCUGAGAUGGCUGGUGCUGAGGAGGGCGCCCACGCUCGACAAGGACGAGUGGGAUGUGCUCCUGACGAGCUACAUCGAGCACCUGUACGACUCGGGGGCGACCGAGAACGCCGGCGGGACGACGCUGGCGGCUGUGCGGUGGGCAGAGCCCGCCAUCCCCCGUCCGCUGCGCCGAGGCCUCCCCCUGGCCUCUGCAGCGCUGGCAGGGUGGCGGCGGGCCGAGCCGGGCCGGGCGAGGCCGCCGAUGCCGCGGGAGCUGGCCAUCGCGAUCGCCCUCGACCUGUGCGACUGCGGCUUGCCGAGCCUGGGGUUCUUCGUCAUGCUGGUCUUCGAGACGUGCAUGCGCCCCAGCGAGGCCCUGGCUCUCCAGCGCUUCCAGCUCGUCCCACUGGCGGGGGACGGGAUGCCGGGGACAAAAGGGCGUUGGGCCGUGCUCAUCCGUGCCCUCGAGCUCGGCAGGCCUGGCAAGACAGACGACUUCGACGGCAGCGUGAGUCUCGAUCUGCCACGACACCAGCUGCUGGUGCCAGGGCUGGAGGAGAUCUUCAGCCGUCGCGGGGAGCGCGACCCAGUGUUUCUCUUCGACUACGUGACGCUGCUCAGGUGCGACGCCAGAAUCGGGCACUGCAAAGUCUUCCUCGACAUCUUCGCGGGCACUGGUCCUGUCGGCAGGUUUCUGAGAGAGCGCGGUCACGGAGUCAUCUUUUUUGAGAAGAAGCUGGGCCCCAUCAGGCGGACGCAGGUCUCUGCUACGGUCAUGGGGUGGCUCCGCGCGGGCAGAGUGCGGGGCUUUUGGGUGGCAGCGCCUUGCGUCACCACGACGCGAGCUCGCCAGAACGGUGCUGCAGGUAUGCCGCCUCCUCUCCGAUCUAACGAGCAUCUUCGUGGGCUGCUGGGACUUGGCGAGCGCCUCAAAUAA